AUGCAUCGACUGGGCGUUCGGCACGCAGAGGUGGCUGUGAUCAGCGAUGAGUUGAUCAAAAAGGUGGCAUGUGCGGACUUGGAUCCUGCCAAUAACAACGCGAUCAAUGAGGCCGAUCAAAGCGUGGAUUUCAUCAAGCUCCAGACACUGGCGCUGUCUUUCCAGAACAUUUUCAAAAUGGAAAAUCUUGAGACUCUGCGGCAUCUUGUAAAGCUGCAGCUUGACAACAACGUACUACAAGAGAUCGACGGGAUCGGCCAUCUCGUGCAUCUCGAGUGGCUCGAUCUGUCGUUCAACAACAUUUCUGCUAUCAAGGGCCUGGAAAGCCUCGUCAAACUGACGGACUUGAGUCUCUACAAUAACUGCAUCUCGAAACUCGAGAACCUGGAUACACUGAAGGAGCUUCAGGUUUUAUCGAUAGGAAACAAUUUGUUGCCAUCUACGGAAGGACUACUGUAUCUGAAGUGUCUUGAGAAGCUGCGCAUACUCAACUUAACCGGAAAUCCUGUGUGUUCCGACCCGGAGUAUCGCCCCUUCUUACUUGCUCAUCUGGAGAAGCUCAAAUAUCUCGACUACGCGCUUGUAGACGGAAGUGAAACAGUGCAAGCACGAGAGCAAUAUCAGGAUGAGCUGGAAGAGCUGAAGGAGGUGAAAGCCAUCGAGGACGCCGCUCUGGCUAGAGAAGCGGAGCAACAGAAAUACUUGAGUGUGCUCAAGGACGCGAACGUGAUCAUUCUCGAGACCUUGUUGACCGACAUGUUCAAGGAGGACACCGAGAUGAGUAAGAUUGAGGUGUUGCCAGGACUGCGCAACAUCAUCGACGAUUACAUGGAGAAGGCCAAGGCAGCGGCAGAAGACGUCAAGCUCGUUCUACUAGACAGGCACGCGAACUUGACCAAGGAGGUCGACGAGUUCAGGGCGACGUACGAGAAACUCCAGGCUGACGCUCAAGAGGCCAGUAUUCGCGCAGUGGAGACGCACCGUCGGACAGCCAAACAGCUUCUGAAGCAAGCUACUUCUGCUCAUAGUGCUGCAGCUUCGGACGCGGACGGAUCGGGAUCUGCAGCGGGCUUGCAACUACUUCAUGAUGCGGAAGUCUCCAGCGAUAAACUGCACCACGAGCUCAUGAAUCUUGAGUCGGACGUCGUGGAGAUAGCGCAGGAGUUGGUCGCUGCAAUGGAAAGCUCCAUCGACGCGGUGGGCUCUGAGGCGCGAGAUAUCGCCACCGAGCACUUCCGGACUAUUGAAGUCCUGGAGAAUAAUUUCUUCGAGAACGUGAGCCAGCUUGCAGUUACAUUGCUCGAGAGGAUGGCGUCUGACGACGGCGAGGACGAUGAUUACCUUACAGACGAGUGUCGAGCCAUCUUGAACGACCGAGACGCUCUGAACAAUGCCAUCAACGGCUCUCACGAUAUUCACAUCGGAAAGCUGCUGGCUCAGGAAGAUGCCAUGCGGGAACAAAGCCUCGCUAAGGUCGCCGAGAUCGUCAAAGGCGCCAAGGAGCACGAGUGGGCUCGCAACCGCGCUCGUAUCGCUGAAGUUCUUCAUCUCAAGGAGAAACACUUGGCCGAGAUCAACCGCGUCCGGGACGAAAUCAACCGCGUAGAUGAAGAAUUUUACUAG